AUGAUCGAGAAUAUAGUGGUUUGGGGAAGAGAUGAUAAAGAGGAUGACAAUAUCAAAGAACAUGUGAUAAUGAACGAGUUUGGUAAACUAUGUCAUUUAUCACUUUUAAAUCUUCCAAAGCUUGUGAAUGUUUAUUUAGACUCUGUUGAGAUAGAAUGUCCAUCCUUGAGGACGUUUGAGAUUGUUGGUUGUCCCAUGUUAGAGAUAUCUUUAUUACCAACCUAUAUCCCUGCAAAUCAAGACAAAGACACAAAUUCAUUGAAUAUAGAAGAUAAUUCAAGCUCUUCUACUUGGACCCCUAUAGAAUGUGUGCCAUUUCUUCCCAAGUUCAGUCGUAAGAGAACCACAAAUAAGAGAAUUAAUAAGGUUGGAUGUGUGGAUGAUCACAAAAGGAUAAGCAGCCAUCCAUUCAUAGAUGAAUCCUUGUUUCCAAACCUAACUUCUUUGCUUAUAGAAACUUGCAACAAAAUUAGCAUAUUGUUCUCUCAGUCAUCCUUGAAUAAUCUUGAACAACUUGAGAAGUUAGAAGUACGAAAUUGCCAGAACAUGCAAGAAAUAGUAUCUCAAGAAAAGAUAGAAGUAACGUCAAAUAAGAUUGUGUUGGGAAAGUUAAAACAUCUAAUUCUUUUGAAGCUACCAAACCUUAAGGCCUUUUGCCUAAGUUCCUAUAAUUUCUUUUUCCCAUCGUUGCAAAAUGUGGUAAUUGAAGAUUGUCCCAAUGUAGAUGUUUUUUCGCAAGGAUUUUCAAAUACACCAAAGCUUGAGAAGGUCACCAUGGAGAUUGGUUCACUUCACAUAGACUAUAUGCAUAAGAGAGACAUCAAUUCCACUAUAAGAGGAUUUAAAGAAUUUGUGGAAUCACUAGGAUCAAAUAUGUCCGUGGUGCAUUAUGAAGGAGACUUCCUCGACAUCUCAAAUAUAAAUAUCAAUGCAUUCAAUGAGAUUGUAAGCUUCCAUAAGCUAACAUAUAUUGGGGUUUCAUGUUGCCACAAUUUGAAGAGUUUGUUCUCCCAUUCUAUGGCUAAAAGUCUUGGGAAACUUGAAACUCUAAUGGUCAAGGAUUGUAAAAUUAUGGAGGAGAUAAUAAGAAAGGAAGAUGGAAAUAUUGAAGUAGGCAACAAGUUCAAGAAUUUAUUUCCCAAUUUGGAGAUGUUAAAACUUGGUCGUCUUCCUAAUUUGGAACGUGUUUGUUCAAUUGAUUAUGAUUAUGAUCUCCCAUUGUGUGCCACUGGAGAGGAUGAAAUCAAUAGUAAGAUUCAAAUUACAUUUCCUAAUUUAAAGAAGUUGGCGUUUUAUGAAGUUCCGAAGCUCAAGUGUUUUUGUUCUGGAACAUAUGACUACAACAUCAUGGUCUCCUCAAUUCAAGAGUGUUGUAAUAUGGGAACACUUCCCCGUGAAAAUAUUAUUGUAAGCACACCCAAGCUUCAUCAAGUUCAAUGCAAUUGGACUCAUAUGCUUACACUUGGUGACCUUAAUUUGACUAUAUAUUAUUUCCUAAAUUCAGAGAAAUUCAAGGUGGAGUUGGAAAAAUUAGAAACAUUUAGCAAUAUUGAGGCAGAGCUUGUUGACUACAUCAAAAGAGUAUCAGAGCUACGUAUUGUAAACAAUCACAAGCUAUUGAAUUUCAUCCCAUCAAAGAUGAUGCACAUGAUUUCUCACACGAAGUCUCUCUACUUUCAAGAAUGUGAGUUCUUAGAAGAGAUAUUUGAAUCGAAUGAUGAUGGUAUGCUAUACCAGUUAGAGACCAUAAAAUUGUUUUCUCUUCCAAAGUUGAAGUACAUUUGGAAAAAUCUUGGUCAGAGUUUAGCCUUUCAGAGAGUUCAAUAUAUAAAUAUAACAAAAUGCAAUUAUUUGAAAUAUGUGUUUUUAGAUAUUUCCAUAGCCACAAGCCUUCCACGUUUGUUUUCGAUUAGAGUGUAUGAAUGUGACGAGAUAGAGGACAUCAUUGAGAAUAAUUCUAAUUCUCUCAAUUGUUCACAACAACAACAGAAGGCUGAGAAGAUCAUAUUCCCAUCAUUGGCCAGAAUUGAACUAAGAAACUUGCCCAACCUCAAACGUUUUUGUCGAAGCUCUUACCCUUCCUAUGUUGAGAUUCCACAAUUGAAUGAUUUAUUCAUUCAAAAUUGCCCAAAGAUGAAAACCUUUUGGCCUGAUGGAAUAUUAUACACACCAAGGCUUCGAAAAAUUUUAGUGGACAAUGUCAAAUUCUUCAAUGUUGCAGAUGUGAAUGAGGUUAUAAAAGAAUAGAGUAAAUCAUAAUGAAGGCAAAUGUUGGUGUGAAGUUUGAAAUUCACAAUUAUAAGAAUGAAGCCCAAAAAGAGCGUUUGGUGACUAAGCUUGCAUUCAUCCCCUUCAUUCUAUUAUGAGAGAUUAAAAGUUUAGAGGAAGGUUAGUGGGGAUCAGUUGUUGGAAAAUGGUGCAUCAGGAAACAGUAGCAUUGGGACUUUCCUUGGUUGGGCAAUGACAUUCCGAUAUUUGAGUGGAAGGAUGCCUCAAAUUUGGUUAAAUAUCAGAAGGGGACAUGCUGAGGGCCUGAAUCCUUUGAUGUUUCUCUUUGCUUUAAUUGGGAAUGCCACUUAUGUUGCAAGCAUACUUGUGAGCAGCUUGAAUUGGUCAACAAUCAGACCCAAUCUACCAUGGCUGGUAGAUGCAGGAGGAUGCGUCCUUCUUGAUUUUUUUAUUUUGAUGCAGUUUUUAUAUUUUCGCUGCCGAACCUCCCCAGACCUAUAAAUAAAUAUAAAACAUCAUACUGCUUAUUGAGCAGGAAACAAGGAUAUUCAGGUUCCGUACUCUCUCCUGUAUGUAUGUAUGUACAUGUGCUUCUGUGACAUGUUAUGAUAUGUAUGUACAUGUGCUUCUGUGACAUGUUAUGAUGUGUUUAUCAGUGUAUUCAUACCAUGUAUUGGCGUAGAGGCUGCUAAGACUAAUUGCUCAUGAAACAGA